UCACAUUCCUGGCAUAGCAGCCGCCUCCAGCGCGGGCUGACCUAGAGGCUGCGCACUGGGUCGCGAGUAAGCAGAUCGUCGGCGCCACCGACGAGUGCGCACCUCCGUAGCCGACCGUACCUAAGCCGAACCGGGUCUGCGUGCGCCGGCAGCCGCGGGCCUCAGCGGUGCUCUGAGACCAGGUGCCUGCUGGCCAUUGUCUAGGCAGGUGUGUGCAAGCCAGAGAAGCAUGAGGACACUGGAAGACUCCUCGGGGACAGUCCUGCACCGCCUCAUCCAGGAGCAGCUGCGCUACGGCAACCUGACAGAGACUCGCACUCUGCUGGCCAUCCAGCAGCAGGCCCUGCGGGGUGGGGCUGGAGCUGGGGGCACGGGGAGCCCCCAGGCCUCCCUGGAGAUCGGAGCACCCGAGGACAGUCAGGUGCUACAGCAGGCCACCAGGCAGGAGCCCCAGGGCCAGGAGCAUCAGGGUGGAGAGACCCACCUGGCAGAGAACAGGCUGUACCGGCUGUGCCCACAGCCCAGCAAGGGAGAAGAGCUGCCCACCUAUGAGGAGGCCAAAGCCCAUUCGCAGUUCUACGCAGCGCAGCAGGCAGGGUCCCGGCCGCAGGUUGGGGACCGGGAUCCUAGAGGAGGCAGCCGACGACAGGAUGAGGCACUGCGAGAGCUGAGGCACGGCCAUGUACGCUCCUUGAGUGAACGACUUCUGCAGCUGUCCCUGGAAAGAAACGGUGCUCGGGUCCCCAGCCAUAUGAGCUCCUCCCACAGCUUCCCUCAGCUGGCCCGCAGUCAGCAGGGUCCCCAACCCCGAGGACCCCCAGCUGAGGGCCCAGAGCCCCGUGGGCCACCACCUCAAUACCCACACUCUAUAAUGGCUCAGGAGACUGCGGGGGUCACCGACCCAAGAUAUCGUCCCAGAAGCAGCCCACACUUCCAGCAUGCCGAAGUCAGGAUCCUGCAGGCCCAGGUACCACCGGUGUUCCUCCAGCAACAGCAGUACCAAUACCUGCAGCAACCCCAGGAGCACUCCCCACCCCUCCAUCCAGCCGCUCUAGGACAUGGUCCCCCAAGCUCCUUCAGUCCACCUGCAGUGGAGGGACCACCCAGUGCCCAGACCACCUCAGGCAAUGCCCACAUGGCCCAGAUGGAGACCAUCCUGAGGGAGAACGCCAGGCUGCAGAGGGACAAUGAACGAUUGCAGAGAGAGCUGGAGAGCACUUCAGAGAAGGCCAGCCGCAUUGAGAAGCUGGAAAAUGAAAUCCAGCGGCUCUCCGAGGCCCACGAGAGCCUGAUGAGGACCUCUUCCAAGCGUGAGGCCCUGGAGAAGACCAUGAGGAACAAGAUGGACGGUGAGAUGAGGCGGUUGCAGGACUUCAACCGAGACCUCAGAGAGAGAUUGGAAUCUGCAAACCGCCACCUGGCAAGCAAGACCCAGGAAGCCCAGGCGGGCAGUCAGGACACGGUGGCUAAGCUGCUUGCUCAGAACUAUGAGCAGCAACAGGAGCAAGAGAAGCUGGAGCGGGAGAUGGCACUGCUGCGUGGUGCCAUCGAGGACCAGCGGCGGCGUGCUGAACUGUUGGAGCAGGCUCUGGGCAACGCACAAAGCCGUGCUGCCCGGGCUGAAGAGGAGCUACGCAAAAAGCAGGCCUAUGUGGAGAAAGUGGAGCGGCUGCAGCAGGCGCUGGGACAGUUGCAGGCUGCCUGUGAAAAGCGGGAGCAGCUGGAGCUGCGUCUGCGCACGCGCCUGGAGCAGGAACUCAAAGCCUUGCGUGCACAGCAGAGGCAGACAGGCUCCCUCACAGGUGGUAACGGCAGUCAUGGAGGGUCCUCCGAGCUCAGUGCCCUGCGACUGUCAGAACAGCUACGGGAGAAGGAAGAACAGAUCCUGGCUUUAGAGGCGGACAUGACCAAGUGGGAACAAAAGUAUCUGGAGGAACGGGCCAUGAGGCAGUUUGCCAUGGAUGCGGCUGCUACUGCGGCUGCCCAGCGCGACACCACUCUGAUCCGACACUCCCCCCAGGCCUCGCCCAGCAGCAGUUUCAACGAGGGCCUGCUGGCAGGCAACCACAGGCACCAGGAGAUGGAGAGCAGGUUGAAGGUGCUCCAUGCCCAGAUCCUGGAGAAGGAUGCAGUGAUCAAGGUCCUUCAACAGCGCUCCAGGAAAGACCCUGGCAAGGCCGCCCAGGGCACCCUACGGCCCGCCAAGUCGGUGCCAUCCGUCUUCGCGGCUGCAGUGGGAACUCAGGGCUGGCAAGGGCUCGCAUCCAGCGAGCGGCAAACUGAUGCACCUGUCUGGCCAACAGGAGACCGUGUACCAGCAGAGGAGCCCCCAGCCACAGCUCCUCUCCCUGCCCACACCAAACAUGGGAGCAGAGAUGGGAGCACCCAAACUGAUGGCCCUACAGACAGCACCUCUGCCUGCUUGGCCUCAGAACCUGACAGCCUCCUGGGGUGUAACAGUAGCCAGAGGACAACCUCUCUGGACUCUGUAGCUGCAACCAGAGUCCAGGAUCUGUCAGACAUGGUGGAAAUACUGAUCUGAAGGAGGGAGGCCAUGCCUUGGGGAUCCUGAAACCUGGCUCCCCACCCCUGGCAUUCCAGCAGUUGUCUUUAAAUGCUGUGCCUCACUUCCGACCAGUGAUGAUUUGGUGCAUGGAGCUCAGAGAGGAACACUCCAGGGGAGCUAGAAAAGGCUACACCCCCAGAAGACUGCUUUUUGGCCUUUAUUUCUCCUAUGACAAUGAGGAAGGAAAAGCCAGUCCAAGGUCUAUUUCUGGAGCAGAAGAGAGCUGAGCCCCCUCCGUCCUGCGCAGAGGGAACAGAGAGCAGAUUCUGAUUCCCAAGAAUGGCUGGGCACCAGCCGAAUGGUCUGCAGGGAUAAUCAGGCCAGCCAUGGUGUUCUGCGGGCUAAGCAUGGCCCCAGCCAACACUGUCUGCUCUUCAGUUCCUCACUGCCUUCUUCAGAUCACUAAGACUUGAAUCUCUUGGGAGACUACAGGAGUAUGAGUCUUUCGGGAGCCACCAGCAUGUCCCCUUGCUUGGAGUAGGUUAGAGGCCAUUUGAGAGGCCCUCAGAACAGUGUGUUUUGUAUAUAAUUCUCUUUCAUUGGAACAGAAGCCUAAGCAUGCUGGUUCAGAUUCUCCUUCCCAGGGCUGUGCUGCCUGCCCCUGCUGCCACAGUUCUUGAAGAAACAUUUGACAGGUCUACCAGAUGUUCCUUUGCCUCCAGUUCUUGGCUGUGGAUUUUGAUACUGGUUGCCUUUCCUCUGUUUUAAAUCCCUGUGUUUAAUGCCCAUGGGAUUCUUAUCACCAGCCUUUGUGAGUGGCUCCACAGCUCCUCUCCCUGGGACAUCCUGUCAGUUCGGUUAUAAACUGAGCCAGAUGCGAUGAGCCACCACAAGUGGACAUCUGUCAUGCCCAGCACCAGGUUCUCUUUGAAGAAACUGGAGAAGUUGUUCUCAUAAAUGUAUUUGUUCCCACCAGCAGGGACUGGGAGAGGGAGCUAGGUUGUUGAAACUAAUCAGUGAACUUAGAAAAGUCCUCACCAUGGUGCCCAUCACAGAAUGGCACCCGAGAGGCUGGCUCCUCAAGCUCUGGUGCCCCAGCCCUGAAGCAGGGCCAGCUACUUGGAAUUAGGUGAAGUACCCCGACAUGGCAGCCUAUCAGCAGCAGUGACUUUGACUUCUGGUCUUAAAGGAACCCCAAUUCAGCUCAAAAAGCUGGAUUUCAGCUCUUUUGUGUUGUUCUCCUCUGGUUGUUUUGUUUGUUAUUCUCUCACUGUUUGAAGUUCUGUCUAUUGUCUGUUCCAUUCCCAUGGCUCUCCGAGUUUCCUUUUUUAAACAUUUGCAUUUGCUGGGCAAUUGCGUAUUUUUUUAUUUCCCCUUUCCCCUGUGUAAAGCUGAGAAACACAUUUGGUUCAUGUACGUUGUUUACAAAGAGAAAAGUUAAAAAAAAAAAGAAAAAAAGAAAAAAAAUAUUGUGAAAGAAAAAAAAACAACUUAAUAUAUUUUGGAUUAAUAUUUGGUAUUUCUUUUAAAGUAUUUUUUUUUUUGUGCUGUGAACAUUUUCUGCCAAAGACCAUGACGUGUGUCUGUGUGUUUAAGUUAUCAUGAAUAUUUAAAGUGUAAACAUGGCUGUUUUGUUACGCCACUCUGUACCAGGAUUGCUGCUGCAUUCCGCCAGGUAUGACAGUAUUUUAAUAAAAAAAAAAAGCUUAUAAGGA